AUGCAUGCAACUUCUACUGCUCAUUCAUCUACUAUCAACUUGGUGAAAACUAUAGUAGGUGCGGGGCUUUUGGCCAUUCCAUACGCUUUCAAGAAUGAUGGGGUCCUCGUGGGUCUAUUUUUAACAUUAUUAGCUGCUGUAACGUCAGGUUUUGGUCUAUUUGUCCUGGCUAAGUGCUCAAAGACGUUGAUCAAUCCGAGGAAUUCAUCCUUCUUCACACUAUGUAUGCUUACAUACCCUUCCUUGUCGCCACUAUUCGAUUUUACUAUGAUUAUUCAAUGUUUUGGUGUCGGUCUAAGUUAUCUGAUCCUGAUUGGAGAUAUCUUCCCCGGACUGUUUGGUGGUUCAAGAAACUUAUGGAUCUAUCUUUCAGGCCUUCUCAUCGUUCCAUUGUGUUUUUUAAAGAAAUUAGAUCAUUUGAAAUAUUCUAGUAUUAUGGGGCUCAUUGCCUUAGGUUAUUUAACUUUACUAGUACUGGGAAUGUUUCUUCAUACCGUCAUUUUCACUGACAAUUAUAUGAUUGUUAGAGGCCAAGUCAAUUGGUUCACGGUUUAUGAUUUUAAAGGAUUAUUGUCCACUUUUAGUAUUAUUAUUUUUGCUUACACUGGAGCAAUGAAUUUAUUCAGCAUCAUUAAUGAACUAAAAAAUAAUAGUAUGGAGAAUGUAAGUUCAAUAAUCAAUCAUUCAAUUUCAAUCUCAACUAUAUUAUUUCUAACUGUGGGAAUUGCAGGUUAUCUAACUUUUGGCUGCAAUACCUUGGGUAAUAUACUAUUGAAUUAUGAUGCUGAUUCUGUUUGGGUCAGCAUCGCUAAAUUCUGUUUGGCAAUUAUGCUAGUGUUGUCAUUUCCUUUACUAUUUCAUCCAUUACGUAUUGCAGUAAACAAUUUGGUAGUCUGGCUCGAGAUAAAUUACGGUACCCCACAGCAAAGAUCUCAACAUUAUAGCCAAACUGCAGUCAAUGCACGUACGCCUAUUGCUCUAUCUAUAGAAGAUGACAUUGACGAAAAUGUAAGAGAAGAACAACCUCUUUUGGCUGGUGAACAACGACAAGAGAUCCAAGAGGAAGAAGAAGAAGAUGAUACCGAUGUAGAAGAAGGUACUCUACCUGGAGACGAAGAACAACACACUCCGUUCCCAAAUUUUAGGUACUAUUGGAUAACUGUCCUUUUGUUAGUUUCCAUGUAUUCUUUAGCACUAAACGUGAGAUCUUUCGCUUUUGUUUUAUCUAUAGUGGGAUCUACCGGUUCAACGUCAAUUUCAUUUACUUUACCUGGUUUAUUUGGAUACAGACUAAUCGGUUCAGAUUCACUUGCUAUUGGAGAAAUGAUUUCUGCCAAAGACAGACUCUACAAGAGGUUAAGUCUACUAUUGACUUGGUUUGGUCUUACUGUAAUGGGAUUGUCAUUAUAUGUAACGUUGUUUUAUGGUGUUGAAAUUUAG